GGAGGGAGGGAUUGUGCCCCGCAGGCCGCGGGGCACGGUCUCAGCCCUUUGCUACUCUGGCCGCACUUGAACCGGUCUGCAGAAUGGGACCAAAGGGACUGCUCGCAGGGCUGGGUGAGGUCAACCUGGUGUGUGGGAGGCAGGGGUCCGCUCCAGAGGGACAGCGCUGGCCAACUUUUUUCCAGCUCCUCCUGCACUCCCACCCUGAAGCAGAGCGUGCCCGACCCAGACAGACCCGGCCUGCAGCCCCCAUGGAAGGUGCCAUGCAGCUGCUGAGCCGAGAGGGCCAUAGUGUGGCCCACAACUCCAAGAGGCACUACCAUGAUGCCUUCGUGGCCAUGAGCCGAAUGCGGCAGCGUGGCCUCCUGUGUGACAUCGUCCUGCAUGUGGCUGCCAAGGAGAUCCGCGCACAUAAAGUAGUGUUGGCUUCCUGCAGUCCCUAUUUCCACGCCAUGUUCACAAAUGAGAUGAGUGAGAGCCGCCAGACACAUGUGACGCUACAUGACAUUGACCCUCAGGCCUUAGAUCAGCUGGUGCAGUUUGCAUACACAGCUGAGAUUGUGGUGGGCGAGGGCAAUGUACAGACUCUACUUCCAGCUGCCAGCCUCCUACAGUUGAAUGGUGUCCGAGAUGCCUGCUGCAAGUUCCUGUUGAGCCAGCUUGACCCUUCCAACUGCCUGGGCAUUCGUGGAUUUGCAGACACACACUCAUGCAGUGACCUGCUCAAAGCAGCACACAGGUAUGUGCUGCAGCACUUCGUGGACGUGGCCAAGACUGAGGAGUUCAUGCUGUUGCCACUUAAGCAGGUGCUGGAAUUGGUCUCUAGCGACAGCCUGAAUGUGCCUUCAGAGGAAGAUGUCUACCGUGCAGUCCUGAGCUGGGUCAAACAUGAUGUAGACACUCGGAGGCAGCAUGUCCCAAGGGUGAGACCAGGCCCUGGAACUCCCAUGGUGUCCAGAGAGAAUGCAGGUGGCCAAGGUCUGAUGAAGUGUGUGCGGCUGCCUCUGCUGAGCCGAGACUUCCUACUAGGCCAUGUGGAUGCUGAGAGCCUUGUGAGGCAUCAUCCUGAUUGCAAAGACCUGCUCAUUGAGGCCCUAAAGUUCCACCUGCUGCCUGAGCAAAGGGGUGUUCUGGGUACCAGCCGCACCCGGCCCCGUCGCUGUGAGGGUGCUGGCCCUGUGCUCUUUGCUGUUGGUGGUGGGAGCCUGUUUGCCAUCCAUGGAGACUGUGAAGCAUAUGACACUCGAACCGACCGCUGGCACGUAGUGGCCUCCAUGUCCACACGUCGGGCCCGGGUAGGAGUCGCUGCUGUUGGGAACAGGCUGUAUGCUGUGGGCGGCUACGAUGGAACCUCAGACCUGGCUACUGUGGAGUCCUAUGACCCUGUGACCAACACAUGGCAGCCCGAGGUGUCCAUGGGCACAAGGCGAAGCUGCCUGGGUGUAGCUGCCCUGCAUGGGCUUCUGUAUGCAGCCGGCGGCUAUGAUGGGGCUUCCUGCCUCAACAGUGCUGAACGAUAUGACCCAUUGACGGGAACAUGGACAUCCAUUGCUGCCAUGAGCACCCGGAGAAGAUAUGUGCGUGUGGCCACACUGGAUGGGAACCUGUACGCUGUGGGCGGUUACGACAGCUCAUCACACCUGGCCACUGUGGAGAAGUACGAGCCCCAGGUGAAUGCAUGGACACCUGUGGCCUCAAUGCUGAGCCGGCGCAGCUCAGCAGGUGUAGCAGUGCUGGAGGGUGCCCUGUAUGUGGCAGGGGGCAACGAUGGCACAAGCUGCCUCAACUCAGUGGAGAGAUAUAGCACCAAGGCUGGUGCCUGGGAGAGUGUGGCACCCAUGAACAUCCGCAGGAGCACACAUGACCUGGUGGCCAUGGACGGCUGGCUCUAUGCUGUUGGGGGCAAUGAUGGCAGCUCCAGCCUCAACUCCAUAGAGAAGUACAACCCAAGGACCAACAAGUGGGUGGCAGCAUCCUGCAUGUUCACACGGCGCAGCAGUGUGGGUGUGGCAGUGCUGGAACUGCUCAACUUCCCACCACCUUCCUCACCCACUCUCUCUGUGUCCUCUACCAGCCUCUGACCCAUGUCAGACAACCCAGAAGCCUUCCACAUGCCUUAAGCCCCACAGGGCAGCCCUACCACCUUCCUGUCUUCUGCCAAGUGUUGGGGCAGAUCACAAACCCCACCAGGGACUUCCUGCUCCUUCAGUCCUUGUCUUUGUGUUUAUUCGUUCUUGUUCAUUUAUGUGUGUGCCAUUUAUUUACUUAUUUAUUGGUUCAUUAUUUAUUGAUGGAUGAGAAAUGCUGCAGCUACCAGUUCACACAUUUACUCUCUGAUGUCAACUCUCCUGCGUGCAGGGGAUCAAGCAGCCCUCCAGAAUGUCUUCUCACCUGGCUACCUCUUUGUGGAGGCAGCAGGGAAUGCUGGGAGUAAACACUCACUACAGGAGAAUGAGCGACACAUCUGGGCUCUGUAAACAGCAGGAAGCAGAGCGGCUGUCAUAGUAGAGCAGUAGUGGAGGCAGAGGCUUUCUCAGAAGGUGCAGACCCCUAGCCAGUCUUUUGCACACAGCUCUUGUCCCUGCCAGGCACUGCCCCUGAGGGCUCAAAGCAGAGUUCCUGUGUCUUGUGUAUACAAUGUCGUGUCUUUUCUGGAUCUGUAUGAAGCUGGACACAUAACAUGCACUUAGACACUGCAUAGCAAUAUGAGCCAACUUGAACAAUAAAUAUGUUUCUUAGGCUCCAUGGGCCUGAG